AGGUGAAGAUUUCAUCCGCACGAUGGAGCCAGCGCGGUUGAAUCACCAGCGCUAUUGUGCACGGCACGGCUACACCUACGCCUGCUUGGAGGAGAAUAUCGCCCAAAGGAGCGAUCCCACCUGGUCCAAGAUCCCACAUGUGCUGAAUUUGCUGCAGCAAGGUGCUGACUUUGUUUUCUGGAUGGAUGCAGAUUCGUUGUUCAUCUCUGACGGAGCGGACUUACAAUGGGCGUGUGACCUGAACAAAGACUUUGUUUUUGCUGGGGAUUUGAACGUUGUCUUCAACGCUGGCCAUUUCCUGGCGAAGCGGACUGAUUGGACCCAGCAGUUCUUGAGCGAUGCCUUUCGGAUCCAUCCUUGGACUGAUUGGGAGGACAAUGGCGCCAUGAUGAUCCUGUUGGGCGGUGGCUCCGCAGAGGACCCGUCCACCUGGCGCCGCAGCUUCGAAGCCAUGAAAGUGCCCACGCGCACGCAGGCGGAGUGCCAAGUGGCUAUGAGUAAGUUGCUGCCCAGCCUGGCGGAACAUGUGGAGGUGGUGCCUCAACAUCUGCUGAACGCCUACGAAUGGCCUCAAGGCGGUGGCAAGAUGGCCUUGCUCCGAGGGGAUCCCAUCCUACAUUUCGCAGGAUGUUCCGCUGUCGCAAAGCAAGACUUGGUGGCAUCCUUUGCCAGCUGCAACGGAGAUCCAUCGUUCCUCUUUGAUUGGACCGCUGGAAAAAGGACAGAAAUUCUGGAGCGCUUGGCCAACCAAGGUUUCGUUACGUUUCGUUUGUUUUUUUUGAAGAUGAAUCAGAAAACCACUUGA